AUGAAGUCUCCUUUGUGUUCUCUUCUAAAUUUGUUUGCUACCAAGAAAAAAUCCCCUCAAUUGGAAUAUGGUUCAGAACUUCCGGAUGGGAUAUGCCGUCGAUUUUCACUAGCAGAGCUCAAAGCCGCUACUAACAACUUCCACCCAGACUCCAUCAUUCAUAAUAUUCAUUCCUGGAGUGCUGUUUAUAAAGGGACCAUCGAUGAUGGAACCGUUGUUGCUAUCAGAUGCAGCUAUAACAGUUCAAAAUCAAAUGAGGUAGAUAUGCUUUGCCAGUUGCGUCACCCACAUCUCGUCUCUCUCAUCGGUUUCUGCCUCCUGGAAAAGAAGAUUCUUCUGGUGUUAGAAUACACGAGCAGAGGGUCACUCGCUGAUUUUCUCUAUGGGGGCGGGAAGGAUUUUGAACCACUAUCUUGGAAACACAGGCUGCAGAUGUGUAUCGGUGCAGCACGUGGAUUACAUUACCUUCACGCAGGGGCCAAGCGUUCUGUAAUCCACCGUGACAUCAAGACCUCAAACAUACUUAUAGAUGAGCAAUGGUCUUCUAAACUUUCUGAUUUUGACUUGUCCAAACUUGGUCCUCAUACUCGUAGCAUGUCGAAAGCCUUGAUAGGAACAGAUUCACGCGUGGUGGGAACUUUUGGAUAUAUGGCUCCAGAGUAUGCCAUGUAUGGGGAACUAACAGUAAAAUCGGAUGUCUUCUCGUUUGGGGUCAUUUUGUUCGAAGUUCUUUUUGGCAGAGUAGCGAUUGAUAGCAGCUUACCGAAGAAUCAAAGUUACAUACUUGAUUGGGCCAAGGAACGCCUAAGGGUAGGAACCAUUUAUCAUGCCAUUGAUCCAUACCUCAAGGGAAGGAUAGCUCCGGAAUGUUUGAACAAGUAUUACGAAAUCGCUUCUAGUUGUGUCCACCGUAGGGAAAAUGAAAGGCCAAUGAUGGGCGAGGUGGAGGUCACACUAGAGCUUGCCUUGGAGCUUCAAGACAGAGCAGAUGCCGAAAUGGAGGCCAUCAAUCCUUCUGGUGAUGGUGAAUAUCUAUAUGAAGAAGCAUUGUUUUCUGCCUUUGUUAGGAAAUUUUCUGGUCUUGAUAGAAGUUCUAAUUACUAUGGCUAA